AACAAUUAAAAAUUCAAAAAGAUUUGAUAAAGGUGUUUGCAGCUAUAGAAAGCCAAAUUCUAUUAAAUUAAAUUAAAUUAAAUUUGAUUGCAUUUAUAAAGCAAAGUAUAGAUCCUUUAACAAAACCGAGAACCCCAACAAUCAGAAGACUGCUUUUGAGGAAGCACUUGGCGACAGUGGGAUGGAAAAACUCCCUUUUAACAGGAAAAAAAGGCGCAGGGAGGGGCAGCCAUCUGCUGAUGCAAAAGACUUUAAAGCAUGAAACGUCUUCAAAAUGGUGUUUUAAUCUAUUUUCACGUUAUAUUGAGUCUAUUAAAACACACACACACACACACACACACACACACACACACACACACACACACACACACACACACAGAAUAUAUGCACAUAUAACAUGUGCUGAUGACAUGACUCAUCUCAUUACUCCGAAAACAUCAGUACCAUAGAUUAUAAUUCCAUUUUCAAUAUCAACCGAUGAAUUUCAUACUCUGAAUAAACCCUUUUAAAUAAACAUUUCAUCGCUCUCAAGCUGGAACUUUACAAUGAACGACCACUGUCAUCGGAUUUCAUUUACUUCCACUGUAGAAACACUAGAUGGAGAUAAACAUCCACCACCAGGCGCCAUACUCGUAAUAACACAAUUUUAUAGUACAGCACAAUGUUCUCUGGUGAUGGGCACCUCGAUAAUUUAGUAAUAACAAACAGAUUUCAAAGCAUAUAAAAAACAAGUCGAAGACACAGACUAAGGACACUAAUGCGGUCAAUGGUGAAUUUGAAUGUUUAUGCUUUCGAAUUAUUGGAAACAGGCAAAAAGAAAAAUGAAAUAAACUGAAAAAAGCACUCCCUGGUCUGUAUCCCCACGUAAGCCCACCCCCCGUGAAAGUGAAAUCUGCCAUCCGUGCUGCAGUUCCUCUACAGUCUUUAAUUUGAAGUCACUCCUACCAGGACGUAUUUCCUCGGGCACAAGCGCGCGCUGGAGCCUGCCGUCUUAUUAACGCACAGGUUUACUGACACAGCACUGGAUCUACAAAGGACCCAAGGACACAGACUUUUGAAUCUAGUUAGCCUGAUUAAAAGCAGCUAACACUGACAUCAUUUUAUUGUACGGCUCCCUAAACGGAUGGCAUCGUAAUAAAAAAAAGAAAGAAAGAAAAAAAAGUUAUCACUCGGGGGAGAAUCCUUUGCGUAAAAUGGGGACCGAGUAUGAAUGAUGUAUUGCGCAGAAUCUCGGCUCAUUUAACCUACGAUUAAUUUACCGGAGAGAAGCGCAUCUCCAUCUCGUGGGAUGCGAGCGGGGCAUGUCUUGGCUGAAUGCUGUUGCACGGUUUUGGUUAGACGGUGCCAAACUUGCGCAAAGAGCCCGAUUCUGCACAAGAACUGAUCGUUGCCAGUAAGGUGACCGAAAGCACACAAUGUCAGCCAUACGGCGGAAAUUUGGCGAGGACUACCAGGUGGUAAACACCAACCGGAGCAUGACUUUUUCCGCGCCGGUGAAGAAAAAGAGGCAGCGGUUUGUAGAGAAGAACGGCCGCUGCAAUGUCCAGCACGGUAACCUUGGGAGUGAAACCAGCAGGUACAUCUCUGAUCUAUUCACCACGCUGGUGGAUCUAAAGUGGCGCUGGAACCUGCUCAUCUUCAUCCUCACGUACACGGUGGCGUGGCUGGUCAUGGCUUCGAUGUGGUGGGUCAUCGCUUACAUCCGCGGAGACCUGAGCUACGGCGGCCACAACUCGUCCUACACCCCGUGCGUCGCCAACGUCUACAACUUUCCCUCUGCGUUCCUGUUCUUCAUCGAGACCGAGGCGACCAUCGGCUACGGCCACCGGUAUAUCACGGAAAAGUGUCCUGAGGGUAUCAUCCUCUUCCUCUUCCAGUCGCUGCUGGGCUCCAUCGUGGACGCUUUCCUGAUUGGCUGCAUGUUCAUCAAGAUGUCGCAGCCCAAGAAGCGCGCGGAGACGCUGAUGUUCAGCCAGGACGCGGUCAUUUCGCAGCGGGACGGGAAGUUAUGCCUCAUGUUCCGAGUGGGAAACCUGCGAAACAGCCACAUGGUGUCCGCUCAGAUCAGGUGCAAACUCAUAAAGUCUCGGCAGACCCCAGAGGGCGAGUUCCUGCCUCUGGAUCAGUGUGAACUGGAUGUAGGUUUCGGGACGGGGGCGGAUCAGCUCUUCCUAGUGUCACCUUUGACUAUCUGCCAUGAGAUCAACAGCAAGAGCCCGUUCUUCGACCUGUCACAGCGCUCGCUCAUGAACGAUCAGUUUGAGAUUGUUGUCAUUCUGGAGGGCAUCGUGGAGACCACUGGUAUGACAUGCCAGGCAAGGACAUCUUACACUGAAGAUGAAGUCUUGUGGGGUCAUCGCUUCCUCCCUGUCAUGUCUCUUGAAGAGGGCUUCUUCAGAGUCGAUUACUCCCAGUUCCACAACACCUUUGAAGUCCCCACACCUCCCUACAGUGUCAAAGAGCAGGAGGAGAAGUCCUCCCUGACGUCACCCAACCCCCUGCCUGUUGCGCCUACUCCCCCUUCACCUCUGCUGAGGAACAGCAGUCGAGUAGGCCGCAGGGAGAGGCUCCUGUCAGCUGACAAUGCAGACCAUGUAGACGAUCAAGUCUCCAGGCUGCCCAGCAAACUCCAGCGCAUGAGCUCCAGCAGGGAGGAGCAUCUCUGGAGGGGGCUGAAGACUGGGUCAACCUUGCCUGGGGGGAAGGCCUCCAGCACAGGAGAUCUGCCGCUUAGUAUUCAGAGGCUGAGGUCCAGCUCCAUCCCUGUAGUGAGGCAAGGACAUCCGGAGGAGCAGGUCCAGCUGUUGUCUUUGGAUGGAGAAGCUGAGGAGAGUGAGCUGGAGAAGCACAGAUUGCCCACAGCCAUUAGCACCAUUGCUGCUCCAACCCCAGCACCAGUCCAGAUCUCCUUGGUAGGGAGUCGGCCAGAGGACAACUUGCCUCCCAAACUGCGCAGAAUGAAUGCUGACCGCUGACAUCUGCAAACUACCUUCAGGACUAAAACUAAUUUGAAAAAUUUAUCAGGCUUGAUGGGCAUUGCAUAUAAGUAAAGUCUACUGUGAUCUAGGUUUUUUUUUUGUAAUUUCUGCAGAUUCUCUCCAGUUUUCAGUAUUUCUUAUCAGGCUCUUUACUAAGUUGUCCAUUGCCACAAAUAGAAGGACAACACCAAUAAGCCAUCCAUCCGCUCAUACUGUGACUCAGUUUUGAUAUAUCACCAUCUGUGCCCCCCACUGACUUUUAACACUUAUGUCCUUGUGCUUGUUCCUUUCAUUUCUUUUCCCAGAAGUUGCAUCAAAGACUUUCUUAUGGCCUCAAACUGCUGUAUCCACUUAUUUUAAUUGAACAAGCACCAAAGUGGCAGUUAUAAAUCAGACUGAUCAUUUGCUAAACCAGCUCCCUUAAAACAGUGACUGUCCAGUGGCUGCUUAGCAAAGAUAACCAGGCACGGCAAGUCUGUCAACCUUUGGAUUCACUUAUUAUUCUUGAUUUCUCAUAUAAUAAGUGUGCAGUGGUGUUUAAAUUAAGCCUUUACCAAACAUAAAACAAUGUGCAAAAGGAUAAGAAAGUGUUUGAGAGGUUUGCUCAUUUGUAUCAAUGUAAAACUUAUCUGUAGCAGAUGCUGUUUGCUACAGGACAACCUACUGUAGUAGUCAAAUACUACCUAAUCUCUAAAAACAGAUUUUGCAUAUGAAUAUGUACAAUCUGUAGGCAAGACACAACAUUUCUGUACCAGGCACACUCUGGUUUCUUUUUGUAGUCUUUUUGUAGUCCAGGUGCACUUUACUAGCAAUGCGCCGAUAUGAUAUUUGGAUCAGAUUUUGGUCCGAGCCUAAUUCUAAAGGCUGGAUUGGAUAUUGUUUAAAACGAGAUGAUCUAUGACCAAUCUAUUCAUUUUUACUGUAUUUGAUUUACUCAGCAGCAACAGUGGUUGCUAUUGGCCAAGCUAACAAAGCACUAAGUAAGCUAACAGCAAAGCAGCAGUUGAUGCUUUCUCUUUCUUGGUCCUUCACUUGUUUGGAAGCUUUUAUUACUCUUUAUUACACUCUUGGUUACAUAAUGUGCUUGUGCCAGCUCAACUUCACACCAAUAUAUUGAGGAGCAGUAAAAGCAGGUGAACUCAGAUUGAGAGGAAGUAAAGGAGAAACUUGCAUGAUUGUCAAUGAAAGCAGUGUGCAGUAGGCUUGCACUGAGCUCGGACUAAUGCAAAGAAAAACUGCAUGAGUGCCAUACAAGAAAGCAACAGGGGGACAGGGUUUAACUUUACGCAAUUUAACCUGAAGUGGGUGAAAAAAAUCCCUGAUACACAUGUUACAUUAAUAUGUUUUUAGGACUACUAUUUAUUUGGAUGCUCACAUGAGCAACUGCAUUACCUAUUGUGCAAUCUUAACAAUUUUUACCUCCUGGUGCACUGUUUGCAUUGGACCAUUACACAUGGGGUGCCAAAUGCAAUCACAAAUCAAUUUUAGACUGCAGAUUUUCUGUCAUUAUUAACUGGUUUAUCAAAAUGUAAAAAACAACAGCAACAAAAAAACAAUGUAGGAAUGCAGGGAAGAUGACGUCAGAGGAUCUGUGUAUUAUUGCCAAUAUAAAGGAAAGAUUACUUCAUAUUGCAACUGCUAAAUAAUAAAUUCUUUGAAAACACAACUGUGCCUGUUAGCACUGAUAUUUUUCCCUAUGAAAAAAAAGCUGUAUUGCCUUUUCUGUUUGACUCAGCUUGUAUAUUUGCACACUGUACUCAACAUUCAGAGCAGUUUCAUCCUGCAGAACCUAUCAGCAGCUCAUGUGUCACCUGCUGUGAUGGCUAAACCAGCAUUCAUCAAAUAUU